AUUUUCUUCCCCUUUUUGAUAUUUUUGUGAAGUUUUACGUUGCUAUUUUUAUUUUUAUUUUCAAAAUGCUAAGUUACAUAAUCCAGACAUAAAAGGCCAAAUAUGUUCUCGACUGAAAUAUAGUGAAUUUCGAUGCUUGUUACAGUUCAAUGGAUACUUUUGCUAUUACACAUGGUUACUUGCCACCCAGAAAUACUAUUUGUGCAUUACUGUGUUGUUUUGGUGCAGCCGGCUUGUUUGGAAACUUUGCUGUUGAACGGAAAGCUUGGUUACAUAUAUCUAUGGAGGGGGAAGAGGAUCAGGUGACGAAGGAGAGGUUAGUAGAGGCGAGAGCAAGAAAUAUCAGCCACAACGUCAGGUGUACAGAAUGUGGCAGUCAGUCCAUUGAAGAUUCUCAAGCUGACAUUGCCAUUCUCCUCAGGAAGCUAAUUCGAGAUGAAAUUAAAGCUGGAAAGUCUGACAAGGAAAUCUACACAAAGCUUGAGGAUGAUUUUGGUGAAACAGUACUUUAUGCCCCAAAAUUUGAUAUGCAGACGGCUGCUUUAUGGCUCUCUCCGCUACUAGUUGCUGGUGCUGCUGGAGGUUUGUGGGCUUACAAAAAGCACAGACAGAAGACCAAUGUACACAUUAUGGCUUUGAAUCUCGUUCGAGGAAUUCCAUUAACCCCAAAGGAGAAAGAAACCAUGCUCGAUGUCCUUACGCCACCUCCUGGAGGAACAUCUUCCUUGAGUUGGUGGAGAAGAUGGCUUCAACAAUGAAAACUUCUUUAACCUGUCAUUACUUCCCUUGUAUUCUAUUAUUAUUUUUUUCCAGAAUAUCUCAAAAUGCCAGCUAGUCAAGACCGCCCUAUCCAUGUCAUUUUGCAUUGGCGUGUUAGAAUUGGUCAUUGGUAGUCAUCGUGAUUAUACAAUUUUCUAAGGGUAUACUCUGAUAUCAGUUAUCGACAUCUUAUUGUACAAAGGGUACAAUUACCGCCCUAUCCAUGUCAUUUUGCAUUGGCGUGUUAGAAUUGGUCAUUGGUAGUCAUCGUGAUUAUACAAUUUCUAAGGCUAUACUCUGGUAUCAGUUAUCGACAUCUUAUUGUACAAAGGGUACAAUUACCGCCUUAUCCAUGUCAUUUUGCAUUGGUGUGUUAGAAUUGGUCAACGGUGGUCAUCGUGAUUAUACAAUUUUCUAAGGGUAUAUUCUGAUAUCAGUUAUCGAUAUCUUAUUGUACAAAGGGUACAAUUUGGUUAUGAGUUGACAUCAAUGUAAUAAUGAUGCUUACAUGGUUUUGUGAUAAAGCAUCUUAGUAUAUAUUAUAUAUUUAGUUUUUCA